AUUAGUAGAGAGUCAUAAAGCGCGGAUAAUAUUUGUGUCGCAUAAGUAACGUGUUGACGAAUCGAUUGAAAACUACAAUCCUGAUGCGGGAAAGCUCUAUAAAUUCAGCCGAGUUAUCUCUAAUGCCUUUACAGUCGUUCACAAUGUAACAGUAGCUACAGGAAUUAUCAGACGCAUGUAAUAAUUGAUAUAGUCACACAGUUAACCGAUAACCAAUGGAAAGGUGACAACUUAAAUAUGCUUUUAAAAUAAUAAAAAAAUGAUGAAACGAUGAAGAAGGAAUUAAAUCGUAUAAACAACAUACAAUAUUUGAGGAUUAUCACAUUGGAUGGUGAUACGAAAUGAAUUAACAAAAAAUUAAGGAGAAAAAUUAACGGACUCACGUAUCCCUACCUAAGGGACAUGUCUCAUAAAGUUGUUUAAAGAACAAAAGCAUACUACAACUUCUAGUGCGUCGUUGGUGAGAAAACAUGUACAUUGAAAGAAGCUUCAAUCUUCAAGAACAAGGAAUGUCAGUCGAAUUUUUUUUCGUGGGAAAUAUCUCGUCAACAGAUAUUCCUGCAACAUCAUCUUAGCUCCUCCUCCCUGGAGACGUCAGUAGUUAUAGAAACGUGUAAGAAAGCGAAACAUUUGAAACAGUUUGAAAUUCAAUUAAUUCCUUUGUAUUACCGUUCUGUAGGAGUGAUUGGAAAAAUCGCAAUAUAAUGAAACGUUUGCCAAGAAAAAAUAUAGAGUUCAGUGUAACACCAUGGUACUAGAUGAUCGGUUUUCUCCCUGUAGUGCGAGAUAAUUGAUAAUUUCAGCUCAUUAUUGAAGCGGUGUAAUGACUUCCUACAAAAAGCGCGAGGCUUUAUGUCCAUGAUACGUAUAUGGAAAUUACAAAGGAAAAACGUUUCUCCUCUGAGGCUUACGUGGAAAUUCAAUGAGGCUUUAUUCUGGUCCGAUACGUAGAGGCUGUAUUAAAUAAGCUUGAGGUGUCAGAGGAAUAUAAUAUCGUCCAGGAAAUUAGUGUCGGUCAGUGAAAAUUAAACGUGAGAUUACAGCCUUAUCAUUUCAUAUGUAUGUAUAUAACGCAUAUAAUCGGAUGAGUGAGUAUCUGUAUUGGUAGUCGAAUUUAUGACACUUUAAUGUAUAUCUUUUUAUGAAAGAUAUCCUCAUAUAUUUUCGAAGUAAGUAAGAUCGUGUACGCAUUACUCCUUCAGUAAAUAUUGCAGAGAAAGCCUGUGUUCCAGCGAGUAUUUAUUGGAAUACUUAGUAUAGAAGCAUUUUUAUUUGCAUAAGAGGAAGUACCAUUUGAAAUGUCGACAAUCAUCGAGAACCCUGAAAUACCUCUUGUCGGAAUGAAUGGUAGAAAUAAAUUAUAUUCCGACGACUUAUCUUCACCUCAAAAUGGAACUUUUAUUGGUAGUUCCCGACCGUUUCGAUUUGAAACGGUCGGAAAGAUGUUGGCAAAGCGUAAGGAAUUAUUCCAAAAGCGAAAACGACACUGUGAUGUUUCUCUAUGUUUGGCAUUACUUGGAAUAGUUUUCAUGAUAGUGGAAACUGAAUUAACAUCUGCUUUUGUUAUCGGACGUAGUACUUUAGUUUCGUACCUGAUGAAAAUGUGUAUAACAGCGCUGACUGUUUCUCUGUUAAUAUUUAUAGCUUUGUACCAUUAUAAUGACAUUCAGAUAUAUGCUGUUGACAAUGGCGUUGAUGAUUUAAGACUAGCAAUGUCUGCGACACGAAUUAUUAAGAUUCUCGCAGAAUUCAUAGUUUGCAGUAUUCAUCCUAUUCCUGGUGCAUUUUCUAUUACAUGGCAAGCGACUGUUGCAGACGGGCAAAUUGCUCGAAAGAUGACGGUUCCUCUAGAUGUUAUCUUGUCGCUGCCAAUGUUCUUACGAUUUUACCUCAUUUGCAGAGCAAUCAUGCUACAUAGCCGAUUAUACCAAGACGCAUCCUCGCAAGGACUUGGGGCUUUGAAUCGGAUUCAUUUUAACUUUCGAUUCAUUUUCAAGUCUCUUAUGACUCUUUACCCUGAAUACGUUUUGGCGAUUAUAAUGUUAUUCUCGUUUUUGACCUCAAGUUGGGCUCUCCGUCUCUGUGAAAUGUAUGGUGAAGACGGUGAUAAAGAUGACGUGCAUGCUAGUUUUCUUAAUUGCAUGUGGUUAAUUGCUGUGACAUUCCUCUCAGUAGGUUAUGGAGAUAUUGUACCAACAUCAUACUGUGGACGCGGAAUCGCAGUUUUAACGGGUAUGAUGGGAGCUGGAUGUACAGCGCUAGUUGUUGCAGUUUUAGCUAGACGCCUUGAACUUUCAAGAUCAGAGAAAUAUGUUCAUGACUUUGUUAUAGACGCUGAUUUGGACAAACGACUUAAACACAAUGCAGCAAAUGUUAUGCGUGCUGGCUGGUUUGUUUAUAAGUAUAAAAAGUCAAAAGAGAGAAGUUCGAAAAUCGUAUCACAUCAUCGGAAGUUAUUAAGGGCCGUAUAUAACAUACGGGAGAUAAGGGCCGCUCAGAGAAGACUUAUGGAUAAUUCAGUUACUCUUGUGGAAGUCGGAAAGUCGCAAAAUGAGAUUACGAGCGCUAUUCAUAUAAUGAAAUGCAGGCAGACAAUAUUAGAAGAAAAAAUUGUUAAUGUUGAGGGAAAGGUUUCUUUAAUUCUUGAUCAAGUUGUUGCUAUUAAAAGAGCAUUAUAUAGGGCCAAAGAUGAAUAGUAAUUUCUAAUUAAUUUGUCAAUCAUUAGUUUUUAUUCAUAUUUCAAUCUGAAAAUCAUCAGCUUGCAGAUCUUUAUUGUCUGAAUAAUAAUUAUUACGUUAUAAUGUACCUGUCUACUUAAGAAAGAGAAGAAUAAUCCAUCCAGUAAAUUCUUUCAAUGAAAUUAGUUUAUUGUCGCAUCCCUAAUAUUUUGCAUUUACAAACUGAGAUAAUCAGCAAUUUAUUAAAGUGUUUUAAGCUUUGUGACUAGACUUAUUACUCAAAGGGUUUACAAUAUUCCUGGUGGUAUUUCUAUCAUCCGUCUAUGAAUUAAAUUUACAGCAAGUGACAAAUUUGGAUAGAAUUCGAGUUACUUUAUUCAAAGGAAUUUCAAUUUUACACAGAUCCUAUUUACUUUUCAUUCUAACGAAACAAAACGAUACUGUAACUAUUGUAU